GGAGUAAUCCCUACGUUCCGAGUGAAAUUUCUGCUGCGGCUUCUGCGGGGCAGGCUGGAGGUGGAUCUCGACAAGGACAAGCUGCUGUUCAAGCACAUGUGUUAUGAAAUGGAGCGGCUCCAUAAUGGUGGUGAUGUCACUUUCCAUGAUGUGCUCAGCAUGCUUUCAUAUAGGUCUGUUGAUAUCAGGAAGAGUCUGCAACUGGAAGAGCUGCUUGCUAGGGAGCAACUGGAAUAUACCAUAGAAGAGGAGGUGGCCAAACAGACCAUACGCAUGUGGCUAAAGAAGUGUUUGAAACGAAUCAGAGCAAAACAACAGCAGUCAUGCAGCAUUAUCCAUAGUCUACGAGAGAGUCAACAGCAGGAGCUGAGCCGAUUUCUGAAUCCUCCCAGCAUUGAGACAACACAGCCAAGUGAAGAUAUGAAUGCUAUUAAUCAGGAUAACAGCACACAGCCAGAGACAAGUAGCCAGCAGCAGCUCCUAAGCCCAACACUUUCUGACAGAGGUGGCUAUCGACAAGACUCUGGAGAUGCUGGAAAACCUCAGCGGAAAUUUGGACAAUGGCGUUUGCCAUCAGCCCCCAAACCAAUAAGCCAUUCAGUGUCUUCAGUCAACCUCCGCUUCGGUGGACGUUCAACUAUGAAAUCUGUUGCAUGCAAAAUGAAUCCCAUGUCUGAUGCUGCUUCUUGUGGGUCGGAAGUCAAGAAAUGGUGGACAAGACAAUUAACUGUGGAGAGUGAUGAAAGUGGAGAGGACCUUCUUGAUAUCUGAGAAAAAAUUAAGUUAUACUGCAACAACAAUCACUUCAAGUACAAUCUUUUUCUAUGGUUAGAACUGAAGAUGUGUGUGAUGUACAAUUUCUUCAAAAUCAAUGUCAUAAAUUUAAUCAAAUGGUCAUCCUUCUGCCAUAUGAAGCAUAGCACACACUUACAUGUUAGAACUCGCCUCUAUAGGUACUAACUCUACUUUAGGAAACCUGUAUACAACAGCAGUAUUAACAAAGCCAGAGAGACUAUAUUGCCUUUAGCAGGCAGAGCGUUGAAAUAUUUCCUAUGUUCUGUAGCUACAUAAUGAAAAUGUAUUUUGAUAUACACACCUUUGUGUUUUUUGUCAACCUAUACCAUAUUUUAAUGUGGCAACACUUUACAAUACAGGGGUAAUGUAUUUCUUCUUUUUGUGUUUUCCCUCAGUUCUUAUUUAGUAACAUUUCUUUAGAAAGAUUUUAUUAUUCACAAAUCACCUGAAGAGGUCAGCACUGACUUCAUGUUCAAGCAAAGUGUUUUUACAAAGUGCAGAUUCUGAAUUACAAUCCUAAGCUUUUUCUGGACCUUUUUAAAAAAUAUGCAAAAUACAGGAUAACCAAUUUUAAAAUCAGAAGGUGAAGGAUUGGCUUUUAAAAUGUAAAUAUCUUUGGGGUUUGGUUAAUUAUGCAAAGAGCUUGAUUUUCAUAGAGAAAACAGGGAAAAAAAAAGAAAAAAAAGACAUGAAAACUGUGUCUCUAAGCAUCCAGCAAGAGACCUCCAUGUGAAAACAUGGUUUAUGCUUCAUUUUCCAAAUAUACUGGUUAUACAUAUGUAUGGUGUCAUUAUUCUCCUGUUAAUUGGGUCCCAUUUCCUUGUGUAGUCAUAAGGUAACUUCUUGUCUGUGUAAUAAAAAUUAGCAUGGCAGGGGUUCUAAUUACAGAACAGUAUUGUAUGGCUUUUAAAAUACAGUUCAGUUAUGCUGCAGAAGUGAAUUUUACUUACCCGUGUUACUACUCAUGCUACAGCCCUGCAAAGCUAAGGCAUGACACUGUACUGUGGUUAAGUACCUUUGUCUCUUUUAUCCUGGUGCAUCACAUUUUGACAUGUUAGCCUUCUUUUAUGUUAUGAAGCAUCAAUAGUGCUACAUUAUCACCGGUGAAAAAAGCAACUAUCCUUUCAUAUCAGUUUUUCCAGUGAAAGGCCAAGGCUAUACAGAUAUGGAGGUGGAAAAGAAAAGCCACAAAACACAGAAGAGUUCAUUAGUGUCAGAAUUUAAGGCUCUCUAAAAAUGUAGGAUAAAAAUGUGCCCUUCCAUCAGGGAAGAACUAAGAGGUUGCAGAUUUUGUAGCUCAGCCCCCAUCUGGGUAUUUUAGCAUAGCUGGGACCUUUCUGUUACCAUUGUUUCCUAUGGAAAUGAUAGGUUGCUCUAAUAUGGCCUGAUGUGAGAUCUUGUAAGAGGCUCACAGUUAAUGUACAUCUCCAUUUAAAAUAUAUGUCCUUUAAAAAGCAGACAAAAGCCAGUGCUCUGUGAUGUUUUCUGGCCAAAAUAUUAACGUAGACUGGUCAGGAUACAGCACUGUUUUCACAGAUGCCUUCACCAUAAAUGCAAAAUCAGUUCUGGCCAUAAAAUACGGUUUUCUUGGCAUCUAUCAGUGUUUUGUUCCCUGUGUAUAAUUGAACAUGGGUUAGAUUUUUUUUGGUUUUUAAAUAGUCAUAUUGAACACAUCUGUAUUUUGUAGUUUCAUUAUGUGUUUUGGGAUAUAUUUAAGUUGAAAUCUAGUCAAGUGUAACUCUAUAGUAAUAAAUGUGUGCAUUCUCUUGUUUACUAAAUUAGUAACCAUCAACAAAACCUCAUAUGCAAAUACAUUCCUCUGUGUUCUGUUUUGUGCGUAAAAUGAGCUUUUGUAUAUAUGACAAAAAGAUAAAUAUUGGAUUUAUAAAAUAUAGUAUCUUUGAAAAUUCAAUACUAUAUUGAACUGCAGAUCUUUCUGAAUCAUUCUUGCUGCAAAUCUUCUUUUUAAAAAACCUGGCAAACAUUU